AAGGCAAGCCCUUCUUUCUGCAUCCCAGGCGACUCCAGCCAGUCGUGGUUCGCCAUGGACUUGCUGACACGUGUCGUGCGUGCUCUGCUCCUGCUGGCCCUGCUGCUGGCAGUGACUCCCUGCCCAGGAGAGUCCAAGGAGCUCUGCCCGCACCCCUGCCGCUGCCAGAGGCGUGGACUGCUGGACUGCCGCCACGCCGGCCUGGCCACCGUGCCCCCGGCCACCCGCCGACGGGCCCUCACCGUCCUAGAUUUCACUGGCAACUCGAUUGCUACUUUGGCUAAACAAGCAUGGAAGGAAUACCCCUGGACUGAGACUCUAGUCCUCAGGGACAAUGAGCUGCAGGCAGUGAAGAGCCAUUCCCUGGAGGGGCUGUUCCUGCUGAAGCACCUGGACUUGUCUGGCAAUAGGAUCCUGUUGAUUGAGGAAGGUGCUUUUGAGCCACUGCCUUUCUUGAGGCUUCUAAACCUCAGUGGGAAUGGCCUCACACAGAUCCACAGCGGCACUUUCCAGGCAUGGCACGGGAUGCAGUUUCUAGAGGAGCUGAUCCUAAGCCACAACCCCCUGACCGUGAUUGCUGACACAGCAUUCUUCAAGCUGCCUUCAGUCAACUAUUUGGACCUGAGUGCAACUCAAGUGACUCCGCAGACGUUGCUGCUGCUCCUGCAGACAACAGUGCACUUGGAAACCCUCAAACUGCCCAGUGAUGUGGCCUGCUGCCUCUGCCAGGAGCAUGCCAGCACCGAGACCCCGUGCAGGACCAUCCAGUUCCUCUGCCAGAACCUGUGCAGCAGCAGCAGUGCCCAGUGUGCUGCUCACACAGGUCCUGUGGCACAGACACAGGGAGAAGUAAUGGAAGUGGAGCCCUCCAGAAAAGCAAAGAGCAGCCCAGUAUUGAACCUCAGGGCCAAGGAGCCUUCGCUGGGAGACCAUGGAACUGUAACUCUUGGGGUUGCCCUGACCCUGAGCAGCACUGAGGGGGAUGUCAGCAGCCUCAAGGAUUCCAGAGCAAAUUCAUAUCCCCCUGAGCACCUCUCCAGGCAGGAAGGCAAAACAGUUGAUGAUGAUGUCAAGAAUAAUCUGCACAAGGCUAAAAGCAUCAUGAGUAUGAAAAGCAUCGUCUCACGCCAGCCCCAGCCUGUCAGGGAGAAGGAUGCGGAGGAAAAGUCAAUCAUAGUCUGGGAACAAAAGCAGAAGGGCUCCCAUUUGAACUGGCAGGCAUUAAACCCCUGGGAUGGAGCUGGUGGAUUAAACCCCACUGAUGAAGACUCUGUCUUUGGACACCACAAAGGUGUGGAUGUAGCUCUGUCUCCAAGGCAGAACCACAUUUGGAAAAAGAGAGAGCACAAGAAGACCGACAGCCAGUAUUGGGUUGGCCAAAAUCUGCUUUUCUACCAGGCAUUGGGCCCUGCCAAAGCCCAGGGAGAGCCCAGAGGCAGAGAAAGCAAAGCCCAGCAGGGUCUAAACAGGAACCUGGAUUUUCUGUCUGACCCGCUGGUUAACAACGGCCCCGCUGCAAUCAGCAGGGUAGAGGACAGGGCUGAAGGAGAGCCUUCCUCUCCAGGUGGGCACUUCCCCCUCCUGCCUGACACCAUGGAGACAUCUUGGAAGGAAGAAGAGGAAGAGUUCAGGUCCCUCAACAAACCACGUAGCCCUGAGGGCCCAGAUGUUUUGCCGGUUCCAGAAGAUGUCUUUGAAAUCAUGGGGUACCAUCACCUGGUGCCGGACGAAGGCCUGCAGAUAUUCCUUACCCAUGUAGAACAAGCCCUGAGGAUGGACUGCAGCCGGCCCGGGCUACAGCUGUCGUGUGCCAAGAUGGUCUCCAAGACUGAGCUGCUUCUAAGUCUGCUCAGCAAUAGACAAGAGAGCGAGGGAGCCUUUGAUCUCAUGGGCCAGUGCCCAAUAGAUGAGAACAUCUCCAGACGCACAGCCUUGGAGAAGGUCAAGAAACACAGAGGGGAGAAGAAACCAGAGCCCGUGGAUGACACAAUCACAUUGGUGGUCUUGCUGUCUGUCCUCGCUGUCAUUUCUCUCACAGUGAUGUGCGCCCUUAAGCUCUGCUCCCGACCCUGUGCAGUGUUUUGCCGAUGCCUGUGCACUGUGUGGAGAAGUUUCCUUGUAAUUCUGCGACGGAGGUGGAGGAAGAACAAGUACAGGAAGUUAGAGGAUGUAGAGGACUUUCCUGAGCUCAGCGAGAGUGAUUUGCUGGUGGCUCAAUACAUCAUGGAUGUUCUCGAUAAAGAGGAAGAAGAAUCCCGAAAAGAGAGACAGCAAGGGAACACAGAUGCCUCUCAGAAAAAGACAGAAUGCCAAGAACUUCACCUGCAAGAAGGUGAAGAAGAAAUGGAAGAAGUCUGAGGAUUUCCCAGAGCCAAGAUGCUCCUGGCCGGACGCUGCCCUGCCUCCAGCCCCCCAAAAUCUGGGCCGCUGACUCCGUGACCCCUCUCUGCAGAGAGGAUGCUGCAGGUGGCUGCCGUGCUCAGGACACCCUGAGGAGCCUCCCUGGCACCUGGGAAUGGGGGUGGGAUGCCCUGGGACCCUCCAAGCUUCUCCCUGGGGACCUGGG